AUGUUCACCAGAGUAAGACCAACCACCACUGCUCGUUCAAUAACACAAACUUUUAGAAGAUUCAAUUCUUCUCAUUCUAAUCAUACACCAGAACCAGAAACCACAUUUGAAAUUACAAUCACCAAAAUCUUUGGUGUAGCAGCAGUAUUAGGUGGAUAUUUCUACUAUAACAGCAAUAAUAAAUCUGAUAAACCAUUCUUAAACCUCAAAUUAUUCGAACAAGAAGCAUCGGGAGAACGUAAUCAUUUAAGAAAUGAACAUAUGGCAAAAAGAAGAAAAAUGGGAUUCAUUAAAGAAUUCGCUAAAGAUAAAGGUGGUAUAGGUCAAAAACAAUAUGCAAGAAUGGCUCGUGAACGUCAACCAUUCCCAACUGUUUUGAUUCCUGCAGCUAGUCCAUAUGGAAAAUAUGGUGAACAAUUUGGUGCAGGUAUUCAUCUUGAUAAAUUGGGUCCAAGAAAAGCUAGACCUAGAUUAUAUGCCCCAAUUGAUCCAUAUGCUCAAUAG